UUUCCCAUCAUGUCUCUAUGUUAGUCAAUACGUGACCUCUCCGUAAGCCAUUUCGUCGUUUAGACGCAAACUAAUUUUUUUUAGUACAAUCAUUGUUACAUAUCGUGCAAGACAUUGUUAAUUUUUAAAGUGACAUAUGUGGAUUCAAUUAUAACAGAUCUAACAUCGAUAUCAUUAAUUUUGAGCUUGCACUAUUUACCCAGAAUUGGCAGUAAAGUUAUUAUACUUGUGUAUCCAGAGUUCAAAAGAAGUUCCAUAAGCUAUAAUUAGCAGUAGGGAUGGACCUUCCUGCUAUAAAUGAUGAUCCCAAUGUCACCCUCACAAUACGGCUUAUUAUGCAGGGCAAGGAGGUUGGGAGCAUUAUAGGCAAAAAAGGAGAAAUUGUUAAUAGAUUUCGCGAAGAAUCUGGUGCCAAAAUCAACAUAUCCGACGCCUCCUGUCCAGAACGCAUUGUAACUGUUACGGGACCAACUAGCUCUAUUUUCAAAGCUUUUACACUAAUUACUAAGAAGUUCGAAGAGUGGUGCGCACAAUUUGCUGAUGUGGGUAGCAGUGUUGGAGGCAAUAACUCACGCCCUCCAAUUACUAUACGUUUAAUAGUACCUGCCAGUCAGUGUGGUUCGUUGAUUGGCAAAGGGGGUUCGAAAAUUAAAGAAAUACGAGAAGUGACAGGUGCCAGCAUACAAGUCGCUUCCGAAAUGUUACCAAAUUCUACUGAACGCGCUGUAACACUCAGCGGAACAUCCGAAUCCAUAACACAAUGCAUAUAUCACAUAUGUUGUGUUAUGCUGGAGUCACCUCCAAAAGGAGCUACGAUACCUUACAGGCCAAAGCCACAAUUUGGUGGACCAGUCAUAUUAGCGGGUGGACAAGCUUACACAAUACAGGGAAACUAUGCCGUACCUGCACAAGAGAUGGGAGCGAUCGCAAAAAAUCCAUUAGCGGGUUUAGCUGCGUUGGGUCUUGGCGGUAUGGCUCCAGCAAAUACGGGCGGUUUAAAUCCAGCAGCUCUUGCCGCGCUGGCCGGAUCUCAGUUGCGCACCAGCAAUAAUAGCCGCAAUCAGCAAGCCGCUGCUGCUCAGCAAUCACACGAAAUGACAGUUCCAAAUGAACUGAUCGGUUGCAUCAUUGGAAAGGGUGGUACGAUCGCUGAAAUACGACAAAUCUCGGGCGCUAUGAUUCGCAUUUCGAAUUGCGAAGAACGAGAUGGUGGAAAUACUGACAGAACCAUAACGAUAUCCUCCGGAAAUCCAGACGCCGUUUCUCUUGCACAGUAUCUGAUUAAUAUGAGGUUAGUGGAAAUUGUGAUGGGAGCGAUCGCAAAAAAUCCAUUAGCGGGUUUAGCUGCGUUGGGUCUUGGCGGUAUGGCUCCAGCAAAUACGGGCGGUUUAAAUCCAGCAGCUCUUGCCGCGCUGGCCGGAUCUCAGUUGCGCACCAGCAAUAAUAGCCGCAAUCAGCAAGCCGCUGCUGCUCAGCAAUCACACGAAAUGACAGUUCCAAAUGAACUGAUCGGUUGCAUCAUUGGAAAGGGUGGUACGAAAAUCGCUGAAAUACGACAAAUCUCGGGCGCUAUGAUUCGCAUUUCGAAUUGCGAAGAACGAGAUGGUGGAAAUACUGACAGAACCAUAACGAUAUCCGGAAAUCCAGACGCCGUUUCUCUUGCACAGUAUCUGAUUAAUAUGAGCGUGGAGCUUCAGAAGGCAAAUUUGGAAUCACAAAACAACGCACCGAACGGUGCAGGUCCAUCAUCAUCAUCAUCCCAAGCCGGACAAACUCCUAACACAACCAACAACACCUGUACCACAACAAAUCCACUAGCGUCCGCCAUCCCGCUGGCCCAACUCCUGGCCAAGCCCGGUGCUCUCAACGCCCUCUCCAGUUUAACCGCUCUUGGCGGUCUCACAGAUUUGCUGGGUGGCGGCGCUCUUGGCGCCGGCCACGCCGUGCACGCUCACACUAAUGCACCGAUACAGACCACUGGCGUGCAUCGACACAAGUCUUAUCAGCCGCGACUCAGGUCACCCAACGGCGGCGGACAGGAAUCCAAGAUUAAGAACGAACGCAAUAAGUUUAAUCCUUAUUAGAGUGCUCAACAAUGAUUAUUUUGAUACGCGCUUAAACAUGAUAAUAAGAGGCUUUUGUUCUCGCCACACUAAUUAUGCUUUACUUGUUUUAUGAAUUUAAUUCUUUAUGUGAGACAAAUCGCUUUCGGUGAAUUUUCGUUACUUCUUAGAUUAGAAAUACGUAGUGAGUUCUGACAUAUCACUAUUAUUCUAUUUUGUGAGUUCAAUAUGUUUCGAAAUAUGAUAUGAAACCAAACGCAUAAAAUAUCUUGAUCGAUUUAUUUUGAUUCGUUAUGUAUACGCGCAGACCAAAUAAUAAACUACCACAUUCAAAAAUUUUAUCAUAUAACGACUAGUAUAAAAAGUUUGCGGGAACAAAAAAGCCUCUUUGGUUCAUUUGCUCAUCAGCAUACACAAAAUUUGAAUGGAAUUACACAUAUUGUUCAAACCAUCUAAUGAAUGAUUCGUGGAUUGGGAUUGAUUUCGUUUAGCGUUAGGGAACCGGCUUCUUAAUUCGUAAUUUAAAUUAUUGUAUACGCUUAAAACAUUUGUAAAUGGUUAACAAUUUGAUAAAAGUAAGGUACUACCAGGGCACUUUCAAACGAAUAGAUUGUAAUUGAAGGGACAAACAAUUAAUUCAAUUUUAUUAUAUAUGUUUUUGAUUUUUUCAGUUAUUGUGA